AUGAUUGAAAACAGAUAUAUUAUUUAAGAAUUUAAGCCAGAAUUUGAAAAGAAGCUUUAAAUUUUUGAGAAUUCUUUUGUGACUAAUUCACUUUUAUUUGGAUUAAUCAAAGUAAAUAGAAGCUAUGACAAAGUCUCUUAUGAGCAAUAUUUUAAUCAAAAAUAUGGAGAAGGGUUUAUUUUACUCUUGCUUGAUAGAGAAAAUAAUGAUAAUUUAGUUGGAAAAGUUUUGUUUGGAAUGAAAGAAGUUUUAGUUAAUAACAAAACUUUUAAAGCUGCUUUUAUACACGAAAUUAGAUUUGGUAACGUCUGCAAUACUAAUUUAGCAGUUCAGUAAAAAUUAAUAGACUAUGGCUUGCAAAAAGCUGCCAAGUAGUAUUAAUGCUAAUUAGCAUAUCUAAUUUUUGAUUAGGCGAAAAAAGGUGAUUUUGAAGAUUUAUUUGCAAAGGAGCUUAACUUUCAAAAAGUUGGUGAAAUAGUUUCUUAAAUUUCAAUGCAAAACAAUAUGAUAAAGCUAUAAGAUGAAAUAGGAGAUAACCUAAAAUUCAAAGAAUUUCUACCAUUAGAAGCAUAAGAAUUUCAUAAGAACUAAUUGAAUAAAAAAAGUGAAGAUUUUUAUUGUAAAGAAUUAUUUAGCAGUGAAUAAACUAAAACAUUUGUCUUUGCUAACUUAGACAAUACAGAUGUGUAUGGACUUAGUGUUUAUUUUGAUGAUAAAAGAUUCUCAAAAAACUUUUCAAGAUUUAUAAUAAGCUCAAAUCUCUUAUAAAAUAAGCUUUUUAUAAAAAUAUUUUAUUUACUAGUGAAUGUGUUGUUUGCAACUUUGUUGUUUUUAUAAAAAAGUGAAGAAGGCUUAUUAAAUGAUGAUCUAAAAUAUUAAACAAUAAUCUAUUUGGGAUUGAAUAUAGGGAUAUGUCUUGCUUUUUAUCAAACUUAAAAGGCAUUUUAAAAGUUUUCAGGAACAGUAGGCAGAAUAUUUUAGCCUAUAGAAAUUGAAAAAUUAGUCCAAUCAUAAACAAAAAAGAGAGAAAUAUAUGAAACCCUCAUUAGAAAUAUAUAAGGCAUUUGCUUUUAGAAUAAAACAAGCUAAAUAAGGGUGGAUAUAGAUACAAGAGGAGAUCAUUUGGACUACUUCAACUAAAAAAGUUGUUUCACACCUUAUAAUGAAAAUUAAUUUUAAUUUUAUGCAGCUAGCCUAAGUGGAGAGAAUAUUAACUUAGUUGAUAUUAAACUUUUAAGCGUUGAUCCAAGAGAUUUUUGA